UCCUCGCAGUAAUAUUUUACUUAUUGUGUCUGCGACGUAUUUAUGUAAACCUGUUUUCCUCAAAUGGGUUAAUUUAUUGAUUGUUAUCGGUUAAUUGGGCCAAUAAAGUGAAAUUGCCCUCCGUACAUCAGAAAAACUCAAAGGCAAGAUGUAAAUAACUCGGUCGAAGCAGGCUCAAACCCACCAUUAUUGCCUAUAUAGAACAACAAAAACCAUAUAUAAGUUAUCAGUAAAAAUAUCAUCAUAAUAAUAUUGCGUCACCGGAUAUCUUAUCACUAAGUGAGAUCGUGAGAAAUCAAUGAGAAAAUCAAGUUAUGAACCUAAAAACGCUUUUUAAACAUGGUAUUUGAACUGACAUUGUUGGGCGCCCUAAUAUUUAUUUUUAUCAUUUCGUUUUGUGGAUUAUUGCAAAAGAUCAGACAAACUUAUGAUAGAGAAAGGCUACUUGCUGAAAGAAUCGCUCGUCGUAGAGCCCAAGAACGCAUCCAAAGACACUCCAACGACUCAUUCGCCGAAGUCUACAUGAACGGAGACAACAAUAACGGAUCGAUUUUCCCCGAGGCCCCUCCACCAUAUUCACAUUACAACAUUGAACCACCACCAAAAUACGACGAAGUGGUAAAAGUACAUCAGUCAAGCGGAAAUAGUCAAAACGAAAAUGCCCCUCCACCAUAUUCGAUUAGUAUUACCAUUGAAAACCCUGAGCCAGUUAAUAGGAUAUAAUAAAUAACUCUUAUUUACCCCUUCACGUUACCCUUAUGACGUAACGUUAAUUAUAACGGGGGACCGAAAAGCUCCAAUUUACCCCAAAAGUAAACACGAUGCACUCGGUAUAUUUACUUUUCUACAAUUGUUUAGAUAGCGUAUUUAUAUAAACGUGUAAUUACUGGCAAACGUAAACAUUAAUCAAAUGAUAUUUCAGUUUAAGUGACGCCUAUAAUAAAUCAAACAUGAAUUCAUUGUUUCACCUUAAGUAUUUUAUACAUAAAAUGGUGCCUAUUGUUCUAAGUUACUUGUUGAAAUAAAGAGAUUAAAGACCUU